CCCACCUACACAAGAAAAUUGUUGAUAAAACUCCAAAAUAGCAUUUUCUUUUGACCCAAUUUUUUUUUUCUCCUUAUCGGUUAAGAAAGAUAAGAAAAUUUCAGGGUAGCAAACAUUCUCUAGAAUUUCUCUUAGAUUCGAACCCAUAGCUGAUGAUAGAACUAGAAUAGAUAUUUUCUGUUUCCUACUCACACGAGCCCAUAUUCUUGCUUUUUUAUCAAUCUCUAAUUCUAGCCUGCCCCCCCAAUCUGAUAUUAUGGUGCCGGUAUAGACCGAAAUCCCGUUAUGAUCCAAUUCUGACUGGUAAUAGAUACCAGGACUUUGUAAUAUUUGAUUGAUCACAACUCGGUAUAUUCCGUUUACUAUAGAAGUUCCAAGGGAAUUCAUUAAAGGAAUGUUUCCAAUAAAAAUUCUUUGUUCUUGCAUAUUCCUAUUGGUUUUCCAAAUUAAUCCCGCGGAUACAUAUAAUUCAGAAGAAUAUGUAAGUAAUUCAUAGACAGCAUCUCGUUCUUUUAUCAGAGGUUCUACCAAUUGAUAUGUUUCCACAAAUAAUUGAAAUUCAAUUUCGUGAUCUAUAUCUUCAAUUUUGGAAAUUGCGAAAGUUCUUCUAUUAAACCCUGAUCAAUAAACCGAUAAAACCCUUCAAAUUGUAUCUGAUUAAAUCCGGGUAUUGUAGAUGUUCCCUCUUUUCCAUCCCCGAGCAUCUUUUUUGAAUUUAUCAUUUAUCCGUUUAUUUUAAAAAUCCCAUAUCUCAUUCUUCACCGAAUCAUAUAGAUAGAAUUCGAUCUAGCAAUAAUGGAAUUUCUAUUCUGUUUACUGAAUCACAUGAAAUUUUAUCCAACUCCAAGAUAUAUGGAAUGUAUGAAAUCCGUAUGAACGGAGACUAGAUUCAAUUGGAAUUUUUUUUAUAAGAAAGAGAUCCGAAUGGAACAGAAUUUAGAAAUACCGCUGGAACUUAUGGAGUUUUGUAACGACUAGAAAAAAAGUAAUUUCAUUUUCACCUAUGAUAUUACAUAUUCCAAUUCGAUCGCAUACCAUAAAAAACGGUAUUCAUGAUAGGAUCUGUUCGAGCAGAUAAACAUAUAAGAAAUAGAAAACUUUUUUUUAAACACUUUACUUUUUCAUGUAUUUGUAUUUCAUUGUUCAAAAAAAUAGUUGCAGAAAAAAGAUGGAUUUUUACCUAUUUUGAAUAGAAUAUUUAGAAUAUCAUUGAAUUGAAGUAGGUAAGAAAACGUAUGUUUUUUUAUUUAUUAAUUUUAAUUAUUAUUAAAAUAAAAAAGAAUGCACAGGUAUAUAUAUAUGUCUCUUUUUCUUCUUUUAUUGUGGUACAGUUCUAUUUGGAACAGCACAUGCUGUGCUCUACCAAAAAUUAAAAAUUUUUUUCAAUGUAUUCAAUGAAAAAUUUCAAUACAAAAAUUUAUUGAGAAUUACUCCUCAAAAGCAUCCCUAGAGAGAUAAAAUACCCCAUUAUAGAGCUAUACAAGGUAACGUAUGUUCUGAUUCUGGGGUUUACAUAUACUCAUUAUUAGUGUUAUAAUUCAAAUGGAAGAAGAUUUCUUUUUAAUUGAAAAAACUCAAAAUAGAUUAGUUAUAAAUCUAUUUCUAAUGAUUUUCUUAUCUUAUAUUAUUAGAAAUAAAAAAUGUAAAUUUGAAUUCAAAAAAGGUCAUGAAUUUACAGUCAAUAGUUAAUGGUUCUGAUUUGUACUAGAUUCUAUAUUUUGUGACUGAAAAUCUAUAUUUUUUUCGGAGUUGAAAAAAAAACAAGAGAAAAUUUGAAUCUAGUACAAAUCAUUUUGGCGGCAUGGCCGAGUGGUAAGGCGGGGGACUGCAAAUCCUUUUUCCCCAGUUCAAAUCCGGGUGCCGCCUCAACAGGAGACUUGAAAUCUCCUGUUAUAAAACUAUAACAAACGUAGGAAAAGACUCUUGAUACUUUCUUUUCGUGAUUCUAAGCCCCUGGCUCUCGAGGUUCUAUUCUCUAACCUAAAGUUUUACCUAUCAGAUUAGAGGAAAACUAAAACGAGUGGAGGGAAAUCCAUUAGAUUGGAUAGGCAGAGAGGGAAUUAAAUUAAUAGUUUUGGAAAGGAUCUAAGAUACUUUGGAUAUAGACUCAUGAAAGUGUCGGAAUGCUCAGACAUUCAAUCAAUAUUAGAUUAGAUGAAGAAUUGCCUUUCGUUUUACUUCAAAUAAAAAUAAAAAACGAUAAAAGAAAGAAAAAAGAUUAUUCUUUCUACAUAUGAGUCAGAUUUUUUGGAUACUUCGAAAAGUAUCUGUUUACUUGUGUUUACAUCUUGUCGAUUCUACUAGAAAUUCUAUAAUUAAGAAUAACUCAGUAUAAGAUAAGUGGAUUUUUUGGAGUAGUUCAUCAAUGGUGACCAAAUAUCUCUCCCUUUUUUUGACUCUGCACCAGUGAUUUCACUAUUAUUAGUGAACAAUAAUGGAAAAGUUUCUUCAUAUUCAUAGGGGACAGAAUUCACAUGGAUAUAGUAAGUCUCGCAUGGGCUGGUUUAAUGGUAGUUUUUACAUUUUCCCUCUCUCUCGUAGUGUGGGGAAGAAGUGGACUCUAGAAGUACUCCUAAUUGCGAUAAUAAUCAAACUCUAUCAACCUGUAUCAAUUGUUUUAGUUUUCUAGACCGGCCGGCAAUUUUUUUUAAGAUCUUUUUUUAGAAAUUGGAUUUAUGUUUUGUUUUAUUGACUCAUUUUAUUUUUUGAUAUCAGAGUUUAUACCGUUAACCAUUCAUGGGAUAACCCCCUUUCGAAAUCUCAAGAGGUUUCCAUCGAAUUCGGAUUAUCCGUAUUAAAUGGAUCAAACAAACAAAUGAAAUUGAGAAAGUAUGUACAUAGAUUUCAUAUUCUAUAUUAAUUUAUAUUUACAUUUAUAAAGAAAAAGAGAGAUAUGGGUGGAUUCCUUUAUAUUAAGAUAUUUCACUUGUAUCUUUAUACAUUACAAUAACCAUAAUGGCUAGUAUGGUAGAAAGAGAUCUCUUUCUACCAUACUAGCGGGCCCCUUAGGAUACUACUGAAUCUAAUGCAUUCCUUUCAUUUAAGACGAGAAAUUGACAUCCUUUUUUGUCAUUGAUAGUCAAAUUGUAUUCAAAUUAAUUAUUUUGACUAACCGUUUUUACGUAAAUUAUAAGCAAAAAAGCAGUAGGAACGAGAAUGAAGAGUGCAGUAGCAAUAAAUGCAAGAAUAUUGACUUCCAUAAUUAAAUCGUUUAUUAUUUAUUUUUUUUUCUUUGGAAUAUCUCGGGAUUUAAUCCCAUAGAGAUGAGAAAUCUUUCGCUUGUAAACUCACUCAGAUGAAUUAGAUUUCGAUGAUAUCGAAUGAAAGAAAUAUCAUGAAUAACAAUAUCGGAGCUAUAAAAUCGAUUCAUCGUCAAGAAUUUAAUAGUAUAACAUAGGAAGAUCUUUUAUCCACACCGAAUACAUAAUGAGAUUCCUGAUCCAAUAAAAAACUAUUUAUUUAUGAUUCUUUUUCACCGCUUUCUUUUCUACAACCUAGUACUUUCCUUGUACAAUCAUCUGAUGAAAUAUCAUAAAAAACCUUUUAUACUUCGAUUGUUUAUAAAAAGAGUUUCUAAAGAACCUUAAAUAAACAAUAGAAAUCAAAUAGAGAAAACAAGUACGAAAUUUCAAUUUGAAAUUUUCAAAAUUUUGUUUUUGUAAGGGUCUAUGAUCUUUUUGUAAAACAAAGGAAAUGUGAUAAAGACGAGUCCCGAAAAAAAAAAACGAAAAUAUUCCAAAAAAUUAACUAUAUUAAAUUUUCUUACGAGUUUUUCUUCGACAUCGACUCUAAUCUUUAAAAAGAGCAUAUUCAUUAGGGAAGACUAAUUUGAUCUUUUUUUUUGAAACAUCCUCUUUACUUGGUUGGAUUCGAACUAUUUUCACUUCCUUGACUUCAUAGAAACAAAAGUAUAUAUAGGUACUCUUGGCAAACGUAUUAUACGCUAUCCUAUUUUAUUUUCCUACACGAGUUAAUGGGAGAUUAAUUGACAAAAAGAGGAAACCCCAUACAGUAUCUCGUUCUUGAAGUGGUGAAUGCUCUCAAUAAUUAUAAUUAUACUAAUUUACAUAUGUCUUUAAAUUGGUGCAAAAGAAAUACCCCUUUCUUUUGCUUGAUGAAAAAAGAAAAAUAAAACAAAAAGAUAACCGAAACCAUUUUGAUCCCCUUGCCCAGAAACAAAAAGGGGAGUUUAUGUCUUUUUUUUUAAUUGAAUCCGCCGGGACUGACGGGGCUCGAACCCGCAGCUUCCGCCUUGACAGGGCGGUGCUCUGACCAAUUGAACUACAAUCCCAUGGAAAUAAAGCGGGUAGCUUACAUAUUCCUUCUUAUGAUUUCAUCAUAAUCAUUUCAAUUUUAGAUUCAAAUUAGUGUUUUGUAACAAAGAAAAUCACAAGUAAUAUAUUGAUAUCUAUAUGGAUAUCACUAAAGUGAUAUCAAGGCCGAUUACUAGUAAUCCUUGCAUUAUUCUAAAAUCGAUUGAUAAUCUAUUUUUUAUUGUAAUUUUUUAUGGAAACAAAAAGUAACGAGCCACAAGAAAUAAAGAAAAAAGUAAAGUCGAAAUAUACCCAGAUAUUUGACUUUUUUCUUACCCUUCUCUGUCAAUUAUGCAAAACAAAAAAGGUUAUGUAGACAGCGAAUUAUUGGGCCGAGCUGGAUUUGAACCAGCGUAGACAUAUUGCCAACGAAUUUACAGUCCGUCCCCAUUAACCGCUCGGGCAUCGACCCAGGAAGAAUCUAUUCGAACUUUAUGGAUAAUCCAUGAUCAACUUCCUUUCGUAGUACCCUACCCCCAGGGGAAGUCGAAUCCCCGCUGCCUCCUUGAAAGAGAGAUGUCCUGAACCACUAGACGAUGGGGGCAUACUUGCUCAACCGCCAUCAUACUAUGAUCAUAGUAUGAUCAGUUUUUUAAAAUUGUCAAUAUAAUCAAAUGGUAUGACUAGCUUAUAAGAUUUUUUAUUUUUUUCUAUAGCAUUCUAUAUCAUUUUUUUAUUUUACAUUUA